AUGACUCCCCAGAUCAGGAUCGUGGUCAAGGACAGGGGGCUCCUCCCCGCGGCGAUGCCCUUCAAGCCGCAACCGCAGAACCCCCCUCGCUCGAAACGCGGGGACUUGGCUCUGCUCCGGCUGGGCGUGGACAUCGCCCUCGAAUACUUCAACAAUGCCGACGGCAGCGUGCCCAUGUCCACGCUGACAACCAAGGCCAGACUCUGGGCAGACCGGUACUUCAAAGGGUACCCUUACGCGGCCAAGCGGCCUACUGCUCUCCUGAGGACAUUCCCCAACCUCUUCAACUUGGGCAUUGAGCCACACCUCAGACUGACCCCUCAGGUCAUGUCCCCGCCGUCUUCGCCCGAGCCCGAGGGCGCCAGCCCACGAGAGCUCCGCCGCAUUGAGCGGCACGCCAUGAACUCGGAGGCAUUCCCAGAGUUCGCCGAGCCCACGCUCGCCUCAGACGCCGACCUAGACCGGAUCAUCGAGCUGCCCAACCGUCGUACCGCGCCCGCUACUAAGCCCAACAUGCGGGUCGACGCCUCAAUGCUCCGCGGCUCUGGCCUCAUGGGCACACUGCCCGAGUUCCUCGGCCAGCUAGCGCGCGCUAACCUCGAGACCGAGACCGCCCUGGCCAACAACCCGUCCGCGGUCCGCUUCGAGCUCGACGACGACCAGGCCGCCUCCCAGCAGCACGUCGAGAUGAACCUGUUCGCCGGCCUGGUCCAGGGCCAGGGCCAACGCCGUCGUCAGCAGCGGCCGAUCGUUCUCCCCGGCGACUUGGCUGUCAAGCCUUUCGGCUUUGCCCAGCAAAGUAGCAACAGCAGCGAGGACGACAGCGGCGACGAGACGGACGCCUCGACGUCCACCACCGCCAGCCUGCGCGCCAACCUCAAGAAGCGCAAGAACUCGGAGCGCGAUGACGAGGACAGCGACGAUGGCAGCUCAAACUCCGCUGCCGACGGCCCGCCCAACAAGAUCCGCCUCCAUUACCACCACCCGACCCCUAAGAUCCGCCACUUUGACAUGAAGCGCCGCAAGCUCGUUAGCCGCCCGAACCCGGAUGCCGGCACCAACGACCCGUUCGAGGCCUUGUCCAAGCUCAACACUCAGAAGAGCACCCCUACUGUCGUCGAGGCCAGCGACAAGUGCAUUACCAUGGCAACUGACGAGCGGCCCAACACCAGCUCCAGCAGCAACAGCAGCAACAGCAGCACUCGCAGCAGCCCCGUGCCCAUCAGCCGCAUCCGCGUCCGCAGCCGCAGCCCCGACGGCUCCCGCUCGAUGUCCCCAGACCGCAUCAUCGUCCUCAAGCACCCCGUAAUGCCAUCCUCGUCGCGCGACCCUAGCGAGGGUCCCGAUUCUUCCGCUUCGUCCACCUCAUCGUCAUCCCCUGCGCCUGAGAGGCGCCGGACUAAAAUCAGGGUCGUCCAGCGAGAUGCGAAGGCCGCCGAUCUUGGGUCGAGGAAACGGGUGUUGAUUGAGGAGGUUGCGUAA